AAAAAGAAAGAAAAAAAUAGAAACAGUGUAAAGUUGUGUGUACGAAAUAAGAAUCGUAACUCGUAGCAGAGUGAACAUAUCUUUCCUAGAAAAAAGUGGAUUUAUCGAAAUCAGUAAUUUGGGAUUUUCAAUGUCUAUCGAAAUCCGCGUUUGAAUACCCUCAAAAGGGUGUCUUUCUUUUCCCAAAUUCCACUGCUAAAUUCUCGGGUGUUUCAUCAUCAUUCAUCAUGGGGUUUUAGCUCUGUUUUUCCUUCACAAAAUUAUGGGCAAAAAAUACAAAGAUUCACUUAAAACACUCGAAGCCGAUAUUCAACACGCCAAUACCCAGGCAGUAAAUUCAGUUAAGGAUGAUGACGGAUCUUAUCUUCAAUUAAGAGUGUAUUUUAGUCCAGCUGCAGCUUUGUUCUGUUAUUUGUUCCCAUGGGUUGAUUGUAGGAUUGCUGGAGCCCUUGGUUUGAUUCAUGUUUUCAUUUAUAUGAUAUGUGCUAAUGGGAAAAAUACUAUGCAUGUUCAUGAAAGAAAAGCAAGCAUAAGGCAGUUUUAUGGUGUUGUGUUUCCCUCAAUAAUGCAACUUCAAAGUGGGAUUACUGAUUUGGAGGAGCGAAAACAGAAGGAGACGUUGUUGGCGAGCUACUCACGAAAGGACGAUUUUGAGAAGGAAAAAUUAUCGGAUGCUGAUGUGGAAAGAGAGGCCGAAUGCGGGAUUUGUAUGGAGAUUAAUAGCAAAGUGGUGUUGCCCAAUUGUAACCAUUCAUUAUGCUUGAAGUGCUAUCGCGAUUGGCAUGCGAGAUCGCGUUCAUGCCCUUUUUGUAGGGAAAGUUUGAAAGGAGUGAAGUUAACCGAUCUAUGGAUUUAUAUCGAAGAGCGUGACACAAUUGAUCUAUCAAUAAUCUUGAAGGAAAACACAAAGAGAUUGUUCAUGUACAUAGAGAAAUUGCCUUUUGUUUUGAAUUCCUAAAGAUUAAUAGAAUAGGUUUGUACAUAUUUGCAAAUUUAUAGCUGUAAUUCCUGCUGGCUUUAGCCUGAAUUCUGCUAUUCUAUAUAUCUACAUAUUAUUGGAUUCUAAA